GCAUUUCCUCGUGUUCUAGCGCGGGAAUAUAAUCCGCUACAACCUCGUGAGGGACACACUUAGACUGGUCCCUGGAGCGGAUGUUCGGGGUGUCAUGUUGGAUGACCAGUCUUCAAGUACCACCAUUGUGAACAACGUAUUCUACAAUGUAGAGAUGUGUUUGUAUUUUGAUGUUGUGUCGCGUCUUUUUGGUUUAUUUUAAACUUUGUUAGUUGUAGUUAUAAAUGUACCAUUGGUUGCCAAUAGAUCAAAACUUGUAUGCACUUAAAGAUACUUUGCUCAGAAAAAAGACAACGCAAAAAGGCACACAAUGGUAUGAAAUCGUGUUUUGUACUACAUGUGCUGAUUUAUAUUAUAUAAAUCAUGUGUGUUUAAUAAAUUGGUAUCAGGCAUGUUUGAUAUUUUAAACAGGAAAUAAAAAUUUAAACAAUCGUUUAUUUCACAGAACGAGGGUCCAUGUGAACAUAGGUGGUGGGCGGGACAAUAUUGUAUCCAAUAAUGUCUUUUACGGUGCCACCCUUUACAGUAUGCAGGUAGACGGAAGAGGUACUGGCAAUUCAAACAAUGCGGAACUAUUAACAAGGCUACACCAAAUGCCAUACAAUUCCACUCUCUGGACACUUCGGUACCCGGAACUAGCCAUAAUAGAGCAGCGCAACAAAAGCCUUCCGGAAGGUAACCAAAUACACAAGAAUGUUGUAUAUAAUACUGGAAAAGAAGGAUAUAUACCUUCAAAGAGAGGAUGGUUGGACAACAUUAAGCUGUUUAACGAGACCGAAACGAUAUUUGCUCUUGGAAGUACGGAUUUCUAUGACGUUGCAAACUCCGACUUCCGAUUACGGUGUUUUGCCAAGGACCCUCGCCAACGAUGUUGGCUUUGUACAGGCGCUUCCCCCUAGCGAAUACGGCUGCAAAGUGCGUGUUGGACCAGUGCACCUAAACAGAGUUCCAGCAACCUUGAGUUCAAACCCAGCCACAGGCCCCUGCACCACAAAGGCGCCUCUGACCACAUCGCCGGCCCCUGCAUAUCUCCCGGAUGGAGCUCGAAAUAACAACCUGUACAACGUCUCCGACUCAGAAAUGUUAUCAGGUUGCUGGCUUGUCGUGUCAAAAUGCACGGCACACCCGAACGCCACUGGCACACACCGCGACACGCAUGCGCACUCAGACGACAACGAGACCGCGUGCUUCCAACGUGCUGUGCAUCAAUGGCACGACUGUGGUAGCCAUGAUAACGAACAAGUUGUGGCAAUAUAUGGACCUUCCGGCGCGAUGACACUGGCGGGUGACGGGUGUUUCAUGUCGAUAUAUGGGUGUCCAAACCACGGCGGACCAGCAGAUGGCCACUCGCUUACAACCGGAAGUAUCAACCGGGACACAUACGCGGAGAGUCACGGGGGUGCCCAUAACGAAGAGUCAUGUUUGAGCAGGGCACAGGGGCAGUGGGUUUACUGCGGAUCUUUUGCAAACCAUCCCGUGACAUCUAUUUACAGACCAACAGGUGCUCUAAGGACAUCAGGUGCCGGAUGUUGGAUCCACGCUCAGCAGUGCAACAUGAUUCCCAAACCUCGCAGUAUGUUCUAUGAUGCAUGGGGAGCAGCGAAUCUGCAUACCGAUGACGUCGAAGAUGCGUGUUUACGCCAGGCCGUCUAUUACUGGAAGAAGUGCGGCUCGGAUCCCGCCUAUCCAGUCACUGCGUACUUCCGGCCUUCAACUGCCAGCCGCACCUACCCGGCGGCUGCGUAGGCCACACCACCAGAAACAACUUUGUCUAAAAUAAAUAGGUAUUCAACUCGAAAUGACCCGAAAACAGAGUGCAUCGCUUUGAAAAGCCAUAACUUCAUCAAUUGUGCAGCGAUUUCCAUGAACGCGGUCUUAUUCAACGCAGAAAUUUCCUUUCUGUACAUACCUUUGCCAAAUC